AUGCAUUCAUCAGUCUUACUCGCCCUAGUUGCGGCGCCCUUAACUGUGCUCGCUGCUCCUAUUGCAGAGCAUGCAGCUUCAGCUCUUAAUGCGGCUAUCAAGGCAAAGGGGAAGAAAGACUUCGGAUCGCAAUCCCAUCUCCAAGCUAAUCAAGGUUCUGGUGUUGCCGGCGCCUUGCGCACGCUUACGAGCAGUGGGGUUUCUGAAGUUGCCAUCACAGAACUUGACAUCGUCAACGGUUGUUCCACCGAUUACGUCAAUACUGUCAAAGCUUGCGUUGAGCAGGCCAAGUGUGUUGGUGUCACCGUGUGGGGUGUCCGCGAUCCAGACUCCUGGAGGGCAAGUAACAACCCAUUAUUGUUCGACGCAUCGUUCAACCCAGAGCCAGCCUACCCUGUAGCCAUGCAAUACCUGGGGCAAUAA